AUGCGGAACCGGCAUAGUCUUGAUCCAAAUCUAACAAAAUUAACUAUACCAGAAAUUAACGAUAAUAUCAAUCCGCCUACAGAAACGUCAUCAUCAUCAUCACCGUCAACAACAACAACGACAACAGUAACAACAACAAAAACAGACAAAUUAUUAGCACAGACAAAUACAGAGAUUGAGAAACAAAUUGUAGCCCCAAUAUUUUCACCGCCUAGUUUAUUACUUUUUGAUCGUGUCUCCCAUCCAACAAAUUUCGCGUAUGCAGCAACUAGACAGACUCAAUUCUCUCCGCCUUUAUCACCGAUACUUCAUGCACCGUGUGCAAGUCUACCUCUAGAUAUAACAACACAAAAUCUUUAUGAUCUACCCGAUCGUUUGUUAACCAGACUGAAUAUCACAGGGAAUCCUAUCAGUUCAGAUAGUGAAUCACAUGAAGAAAGAUUAUCUCAAAAGACUCCUCAGAAUCCUCCAUUUCGUUGA